CAGAUGCAGAGGAUGGGGAGGUGAUGGGGAGGUGAUGGGGAGGUCCUCCUGCACCUUAAAAGCAGGUGAACAACAGGCUGAAGGUACCUUCACCUUCACCGCUCACCAGCUCAGCUCUCAGGUGUUCUCCCUCUGAGAAAGAAAAGCUGCAGAAUGUCUAAAGCUAAAGACUACAGCAGCCAGACCUACAGUCCCGGGACUAACGGACCCGUGAAGAGUCAACCCACCAACAAGGUGGACGGGGCCGGGAAGUCCAGAGAGAAGGAUGACAUGGUGGGACUCAACGACAAGUUCGUCCGGCUCAUUGACAAGGUCAAAAACCUGGAGGAUGAGAACAAAAAGCUGGACACAAAGCUGAAGAUCCUCAAGGAGCAGGAGGACUAUGAAGGGAAAAUUGACGACAUCGUGAAGCAGCUGGAGCACGAGAUGGAGCAGCAGAUCGAGAACCUGCUCAAUGACCGGGAAAAGCUGCAUGCCGACCUGCUGAAGAAGCAGGACGAGGUGGAGGACACCAAGAAGAGCUACGAAGACGAGAUGCACAAGAAAGCUGACUUGGAGAACGAGUUUGUCAUAACCAAAAAGGAUGUAGAUGAAGGUCACCUGGAGGCCGUGGAUCUGGCUCUUGAGCUGGAGGACCUGAUGGGGAAACUGGACUUCCUCAGGGUUGGCUAUGACGAGGAGAUCAAGGAGCUUGAGUCUCAGGUGCAGAAUGAAACUGUGAUCCUGCGUGACGACAGCAAACGCUCUCUGGACAUGGACGAGAUCGUGGAGACUGUGAAGAAUCAGUAUGCCAACAUGGCCUCCCGCACCAGGGAUGAAGCAGAGCAGUGGAACCAGAAGAAGAUGGAUGCCAUGGUCCUCAAUGCAGGACAGCGUGAGCAGGAUGUGCGUGAUAUAAGGAGGGACAUCUCAGACAUGGUGCGCCUCAUUCAGAGGUUAACCGGGGACCUGGAGGCUCUUCUGAGAAAGGAGGAGGCCUUAAAGAAAGAAAUCAACGUGCUGAGGACAGAUGGAGACACCAAUCUGGACAACGCCCGCCGGGACAUCAUGCAGCUGGAGGAGGCUCUGAGACGGGCCAAGCAGGACUUGGCGGGACAGAUCCGCGAACACCAAGAGCUGAUGAACCUGAAGCUGGCUCUGGACAUUGAGAUCGCUACGUAUCGUAAGCUGCUGGAGGGCGAAGAGCAGAGAAUGAGGGAGCUCAUGCGCAAUGGAGACGUUCACCUGCCAGAGAAGCCACACCUGCCCAAGAAGCACCCAGCCCCUGAACACACAGCCGUCACAGAAAGCACCGACAUCCCAGAAGGCACCGUUAUCACGUCGGUGUCCCCAGCCUCUAAGAAGCGAGUGCUGAUCCGAGUGGUAGUGGAGGCAGGCAGGGUUGUGUCUGAAAGCUCCACCUACUCUGAAGAUUGACUUGCAGUCUGUCUCUUCUGAAUCAAACCUAAAAAUGUGAAUUUAAAGAGUUCAAAUGUAGUGAAAUUAAAUCUUUGAAGUGAUCAGUACUACAAUAAUCCAAGGUUUCUGGGAUUUCUGUCAGAGUGAACUGUCUUAUAAAAGCAUCUUCUCAGGUUAAUAGAAACUUUAUCUCAAGCAGCGUUUUUAACAUUUUUUAAAUCUUUGUUUUGGCAUUAAUCAAGACUUGUGGUGAUCCUGGUGCCAUCGGUGUAUUUCUCAGAUUUCUUCCACUUGUGUGUGGUCAUAAGAUUGUGAGCUUUAUGCAAUACGAUGUCAUGUUUGUUCAAAUUUUGCAGGAAAAAUAGUUCCCAUAUGAAGUAAAAAAAGGUAACCUGUGAGAUCCAUCAGGUAAUUAGUCCACGUCUUGUUUAUAUCAGAUCGGACACACACAAGGUUCUUCCUCUAACUGCUAAAUGUCACUUUGAAUGGAUGGAAAGGGAAGUUUCUUUGCAAGCCUAAAAUGAUGAUGUUCUCUUUCUGUCACAUGUAUCUGCACCUUUUACCUCUGACGCAAUAAAGUCACCAACAAGACAUUAAGAGUUAACUGUGAUUGUGACAAGCAUUACAAUGGAAUAUGAUGAAUAA